AUGGCCACCCACAGGAAGACCCCGGUCGCCGCGGCAGCUGACAUUCUCCUGUUACUUAUCGCAGCCGCCGCAGUUGGCCCCGCGUCAGCCAGCACCCUAACGCUUUACCGGGCGCCGCUCUGCAGGGUACCCAUACGUGGGUCAUGCGGUGUGUGCUACAAUUUCGGCCCCGUCUACAGGGGCUACUUCUUCAACUACUUCGGGGGCCAAGUCGCCAGGUUCUACCCUCGGUUCAACUGCCAAGUCCCCUUCAUCACCGUCGCCAGCAACCGCAGGCGUUGCUUCCCCCCCUUCCCAUCCAGAAGCAUCCGCCUAAUAUGCUAG